CUCUGCCCACUAGAGGUCACUGUUUCAUCGUCCACUGAAAGCAGAGCACAGUUCAUCCUCCCGUCCACUUGCUGGCAGUAAACCAACCCUUUCAUUCAACUUUGGCCAUAUUAAACCUGCCAGACAAAGAAGAUAAUAAUUAAACAAAAGCUGGACAUUUUUUUUUUAUUAUUAUUUUUUAUCAAGCAUGUUUCGCGUCAACACAUAAGACCCGAGAGUCUUUGGCUUAUUGCAGGCAGCUGCGGAAUAAAAGAGGACAGUUAGAUUAUGUGAAAACUGCAUGGACCUGGUUUAAUUUAGAUUUUUUUAAAGACUUCCUAUGAUGUCCAGCCUGGUUCAAACCACCUCUGACAGUCUGCGUAAACUCGUCCGCUGGGCUCACAGCCACGGCACCAUCUGCAACCUCCUCCCCAGCCUGCAGCACGUCACCCGUGGCUCCUACAGCAAUGUGCUGACAGCUGAAUCUGGUCUGCACGGUGGCAGCAUCUCCAUUGCUGUGUGGGGCUGUGGGGCCGGACACGCCUACCACUGGCCUCUUGGUGAAAAUGCAAACACUUGUGGUGGCUCACCCAAUACCAGACAAGCCCAGGAGAGGUUUGCUGGAGGUCGUCCAAACAGUAAGAUUGCAGCGAGAACAUCAUGUGACCUCUCCUAUAGUGAAGCGGCAUCAGGGGGCGAGGAGUUCAGCAGUCGGCUUUUUGACAUUGCUGCAUGCGAUUCAUCAGCCACAGAUGAGGAUGGCGACUAUGAGCCUCGGCCAUCUAGGAAAAGAGGCGGGGCCCAGGGAGGAGCCAUCGCUGCAAAGAAGGUCAAACAGGAAUCCGCCCCACCAGAAGACGAUGACACUGGGCUCGCAGAGACACACCCAGUCUGUGUUUUACAGACUUAUCAGGCACCAAACACAUACUCUCAAAUCACACAAACACUGUGGCCAAAAAAGGCUCUUUCAUCUUGCUGUCAGCCCCAGCAUGGACGACAUGUGGGGUGUGAGGGAUCAAUGGACCCAGAGAUGGAGGUACUAGGAGGAGGCAGCUGCACAGAGACUACAGAGAAGAACACAGCUGAAGAAGACGAGAGUGAGCUGGAGAAGCUGCGAGCGUUACUCGUUGCGGAACGCAGCCGAAACCAACAAAUGACAGAGAUGAUCUCCAAUUUGAAGCAGGACAAGGAGCUGCUGCAACAUGAACUCACAAAGAAAGCUGAACUCAUCUGCGACUUCCUGCAGGACAAACUGCGCCCCGAGAAGAGGUGGCCUCGUUGUUCCACUCAGGUGGAACCUGAAAGCUCACACAUGGCGUCCUCUGAUGAUGUAUGCAGGUUUGAUUCGCCAACGCUGUUCGACUCAUUUGAGGAAGUGGAGCUUCAACCUCUGGAGCGCCAUCGGACCCCAAAGAGCAAGAGGAGCCGGGAUGGAGAAAACACUCGAGUCAGGAUGAAAAACGUGGUGGGUGUGAUAGCACGCUACAUGGCUGCCCUCCAGGAGUUUCGCCGCAGCGUCUCCAUGAAGGUGGCGUUUGACCGCAUCGGUGUGGACCGUAACACAAUCUCUCGCACGGCGGCCAUAGCAGAGCUCAGCCUGGCUGCUCCAGAGGUUUUUCACGCACUGGCACCGUGGGAUGAGAAGGAGGAGACGCUGGCACACUACGCCCACCGCUGCCGACAGGCGAUGGACGACACCAUUAAGGCCAAGAUCAAAACAAUGAAAUCGAAAGGAGAACUAUUGCCCAUUGUGUCAAAGUAACAGUUUCAUGUAUGGUGCCCGCUCUGCCUGACUGAGGCACAGGCCUAUAAAACCUCUGCAUACUUUAUGUAUAGAGAAAAAAAAUCAGAGAAAAAGACCACCUUAGGAUUUUUAACAUAAUUGACUUCAAAUCAUAUGUCGAUUGUAUUCCAGCCAUCAUGGGUGCUUCCUGUCUAGUGGAUUUUUUUCUUGUGUGGUUAUGCAACAGAAGCGUGAAACUAACACUUGUUUUUCACGGCAGAUUCAGCUGCUCAGAAUUCAUCAGUUUCUAAAAAAUGUGUUUCUUAU